UAAUACAAAAAUGUCAUUUUUCGAGAAGGUCGCCUUGCGUGCGAAGCGCUUGGGAUCUUGUUUGUGUUUGGGUCUUGACCCUCGCAACGAGACUGUUGACCGUUUUUCUCAGACUGGUUACUUUACUGUUUUAUACGACCGCCAUGUGAAGAACAGUCAUCUUGAUGGAUUUCGUAGUCGUGAGAUAUCUUCAUUAUACGUUAAACUGAAGCUUUAUUGUUGUUUCGUUCUAGAAUCUACACAUGAGCACAUUUGCUGUGUUAAGCCAAACCUGGCAUUUUUCAUAGCUCAGGGUGCUGAGGGCAUUCAGGUUUUGAUGGACAUUUGUGAGAUGCUCCGUGAGAUGGAUAUACCAAUACUCCUUGAUGGCAAGUUGGGUGACAUCGGUUCGACUAUGGAGUAUUACAAGAAGUUCAUCUUUGACAUAUUGAAGGCUGACAGUUGUACUGUCAACACACUGCUUGGCACUGACGUUCUGUCGGUGAUGGCUACCGACACUCAAGGCAAUUACGUUCACGACUUAUUUGUGUUAGCCAAGUGUUCAAAUCCAUCUUCUGAGCAAAUUCAGGGUGCUAUAUUGAACGACCAUUCUCCUGUGUACAUGGAGAUAAUCAAGAAAUGCGAGUCGUUCUACAAGUCCAAGGGUGUAACCGGUGCCAAGGUUGGCUAUGUCAUUGGUGCUACUUGUGUGGAGGUGUUAUCCGAGGUUCGCCGAAGCUACCCGGAGUGUAUUAUUUUAAUGCCUGGCAUCGGUGCUCAGGGCGGUCAACUUGAGUCUGCAAUGAAGGCUGCUUUGGACAGUAACGGCGGUGGUGUGAUUGUACCUAUAUCGCGUGCUAUUAUAGAUCUUCCAAACCCUGGCCAAGCUGCUGAACAGUGGAAGGAGCAGAUCAACGCUUGUAUUGCUUAAAUGAAGUCGUGAUUUAGUGACCUUACGCAAGGUCCUUAAACUUUAACUCU